CCCUCUCCCCCAGAUUGCGCUCCGAUUUAGGCUCGGUGGCCUGGCCGUUUCUGUUCCCGGUCUUAUACCCUGCGCGCGACCCCGGGGGUGGUCCGCUGCUCCCGCCAUGGGCCUAGAGCUCUACCUGGACCUGCUGUCCCAGCCCUGCCGCGCCGUCUACAUCUUCGCCAAGAAGAACGGCAUCCCCUUCGAGCUGCGCCCGGUGGAGCUGCUCAAAGGCCAGCACCACAGCGAUGCUUUUGCCCAGGUGAAUCCACUGAAGAAGGUGCCAGCCUUGAAGGACGGGGACUUCACUUUGGCUGAGAGUGUGGCCAUCCUGUUGUAUCUGAGUCGCAAAUAUGAGGUCCCCGACCACUGGUACCCCCAGGACCUGCAGGCCCGUGCCCGUGUGGACGAGUACCUAGCCUGGCAGCACACAGCCCUGCGGAGUAGCUGCACUCGAGCCAUGUGGCAGAAGAUGAUGUUCCCAGUGUUCCUGGGUGAACAGGUGCCCCCUGAGACAUUGGCAUCUACCCUGGCUGAGCUGGACAGGUGCCUGCAGCUGCUUGAGGACAAGUUCCUAAAGGACCAGGACUUCGUUGCUGGACCUCACAUCUCAGUGGCUGACUUGGUGGCCAUCACAGAGCUGAUGCAUCCUGUCAGUGCUGGCUGCCAAGUCUUCAAAAGCCGACCCAAGCUGGCUGCAUGGCGCCAACGUGUGGAGGCCGAGGUGGGCAAGGAUCUCUUUCAGGAGGCACAUGCAGCUGUCAUGAAGGUCAAGGACUUGCCUCCAGCUGACCCGGCCAUAAAGGAGAAACUGAAGCCCUCUGUUCAGGGUUUAUUGCAGUGAGUGGAAGGCCAGGCUUGCAGAGAUGGUGGAGACUCUGUUGUCAGAAUGAAGAGGUGGAGUUGUCCCUCCUAGGCUGUGAGCAAGACAUACUCUCCAGUCUCUGGUCCCUGGUUCCCUCCAAGCAUCAGGUCUUCGUUCCUUCUUCUGUCUGUCUCCACACUCCACUCCCACCCCUUCCACUCUGACUUCGUGUCACCCCUGGAAAGAGCUUAGUAAACACAUAUUUGACCCUGUCUCUCCUGUGUUUGAAACUUUCUAUGGUGCUGAACUGCUCUGGGGCUAAAGUAUGAAUCACUGAACUUUGCAUUCAAGGCCUUGCCCACCCCUCCAGGGCACCCCCUUCUGGUUGCACACAGUAGCCCAUCAUUUUUAGACCCCUUCUCCCAGCUCCCACCUCCACCUCCUGGCCUUGGCUCAGGCUGUUUUCAUUGCUAAUAGGGUCUGUCUUCACCUUUGCCCGGUGCCCCUUCUGGUCUUUAGGCAUUUGUCACCUUUCACUUCUCCAGGGAGGCUUCCCUGACUUCCCCAGCUCCAGGCCAAGUCAGAUGACACCCCCCCACCCCCAGGCUCCUUAGCCCCAGUGCUUCCCUCCCCUCAACCCUGGAACAAAGCUGGUUCAGCAACCCCUCGACUGAGCACAUGUCAUAGAUGGGGUUCACGCUGGUGAAGAGAUGUCUGAAUCAAGCAUGGCCUUGUGCUCUUAGGUCACUGUCCUCCCUCUGGGGUGAUGCUGUCUCCCACAGGUGGGUUGGGUGCAGGGCUGGUUUAUGAAGCUCCUUGCAGGGAGGGAAGUCCCAGGUUAGUUCCUGGCACUCUGGGUGCUGCCGCUGAUGAGGGAACAGAAGGCAAGCUGAGGACAAAGCAGAAGCUGACACCCCGUACCCUGCCCCCCCAUGGGAUA